AAGUUUGCAGCAGCUCGCAGGGACAAUAGGGAUUCAUCUAUUUUAGGUUGAUAAAGUGAAUCCUCACACAGAAGCUGCAAAGAAAGAAGAAGUGAGUGUUUGAGGAGGCUGAGAGGAACAAAUAACCUGGAUUUACAUCAACAGCAUCACCACUCUUAUCUUUGAUGUCGGAUAUUAAAAGGAAAGAUAAGAACAUGGAAAUGUGUUGCAAAGGGCUGCCAGGACGACAGGACAAAUUCGUGCUCCUCAUCCUUUACCUUCAUCUGUACAAGAAUAUGGCGGAGGGGAUUCAUCCCGACUGCGCCAUCGUCUCGCAGCACCUGAGGGCUCGUGAGGUUUGCAGCCAGACGAGGAGGAACGAGGCGCAGAACCAGACGGAGCAAAGCGGAUGUAAAACAGAGUGGGACGGGAUCGGAUGCUGGCUGCGAGCUGAAGUUGGACAAGUGGUCAACAUUUCCUGCUCUGAAGUCUUCCAGCAUUUCUCCAGCAACCAAGGACAUGUUUACAGGAAUUGCACAGAUGAUGGCUGGUCCGAAAUGUACCCAAACUACGAGGAGGCCUGUGCUUUCAGUGAUGACAACGAGCCUGAAACUGAGACGAGUUACCUCUCUACGUUUCGACAGGUUUACACUGUGGGCUACGCUACCUCGCUCAUCUCCCUCAUUACAGCCAUAGUAGUGUUCACAGCCUUCAGAAAGUUCCGCUGCACCAGAAACUACAUCCACGUCAACCUGUUUUCUUCCUUUGUUCUGAGAGCCAGUGCUGUGUUCAUCAAAGACACUGUGCUGUUUGCUGAUGAGACUCUGGACCACUGCUCUGUAUCCACAGCAGCAUGCAAGUCUGCUGUGGCCUUCUUUCAGUUCAGUAUUCUGGCCAAUUACUUCUGGCUGCUGGUGGAGGGCAUGUAUCUGCAGACACUGCUGGCCCUGACCUUCGUCUCUCAGAGGAAAUACUUCUGGUGGUACAUCCUGAUUGGAUGGGGAGUCCCGUCUACAGUUCUUAUACUUUGGGUGUUGACCAGAUUCUUCUUUGACAACAGCGGUUGCUGGGACGACACAGAAAAUGUUGGUAUUUGGUGGAUUAUUAAAGGGCCUAUAACAGCAUCGCUGCUGGUCAACAUCGUCAUCUUCAUCAACGUGAUCCGGAUUCUGGUUCAAAAGCUUAAAUCUUCAACCAUGGCGGGAAACAAUGACACAGGACAUUUUAUGAGGCUGGCUAAAUCCACCCUGUUCCUCAUCCCUCUCUUCGGGAUGCACUACACUGUGUUUGCCUUCCUUCCUGAGAACACCGGAGUGGCAGCGAGACUCUACAUCGAGCUGGGGCUGGGAUCCUUUCAGGGUUUCGUGGUGGCACUGCUUUACUGUUUCAUGAAUGGAGAGGUCCAAACAGAGCUGCGCAGAUGGCUGUGGAAGUGUCACAAUCAAAAUCAUCUUGCCCCUGCCAAACAAAGUAUCACCCAGAUUACGAUUCGGGCCCGUGGGGGGCUAAGUGGCAACAUCUCUACAGUAUGACUUAAGGAGACAAUCUGUUGAAAAAUAUAUACAGUGAGAAUGUCACACAAAAUAUCAGAGGAAAUCUUAAAAAGAUCAACCUACUGAUGUUAUUAAUUGAACAACACCUCUGUGAGAUUACAGUGCAAUGGUGAGUGAUUGAGGAAACGUUUUGAUGAUGAUAUGUUGUGUAUUGUGUCAGAAGCAGCUUUGAGCCAACAGUGUGGUCCCUCUUCUUUAAUAGCUGCAUCAAAUGUGGUAUAAAAGUAAAGGCGCUCUGGUGCUCGGUUUGUACUGAUGUCACGGUGACACUGAAAUAACAAGACCACAGUAGCGACAGAGCUGUCCCUGAGCUUGCAUGAAGAUGAUUUGAUAAGGUUGUGUUUACAGUUUGGACCACAAAAAUGAGCAAACAUUGAGAGGUCCCAUGGGAACAGCUGUGAAAACAAUGGGUGUUUGAACUUGGCUGAAUUAUGUUUAACAAGCUUGAUUUGGUGAACUGUUUUUGUGCUGCAUGGAACAAAAACAGUUAUGCUAUUUUGGUGCAGGAUGAAAAUAUGUGCAGCGGGCUUGAUCUGAAACUAGUACGCUUGUGGAGUUCUGUGCAACAAAUUCACCCCCUGCUAUGGAAAACUUUUCAAUUAUGAAGUUAAAGAGAAACCUGAGUGAAUGUAUUUAUAUUGUGUGUUUAAUUGUGUGAGUGUGUGUGAACGAGUAUUGGCAUGUCCUAAAUUAACAUACUUAAUUUGAAGCAUUGAUGAGCCAUCAGUAUUUUUUUUUUUUACUUUUGUCUUCACCUUUUUCUUUUCUUCUUGUACUUUCUUCAAAUGUGAUACUUUUUUGAUACAUUAGUUGCACUGCAGGUUACAGACAAUUUAUACAAACAGAGUGCAAGGAAUUUUCUAUGGUAAAAUAGCCUUAAAAUGGUACUGUACAACAAGACAAAGCAUUUAAUCUGCAACAGUUACAGUGUCUUAACAUUCAUGUUUGUAAGUGUCUUUGAAGCUAAGCUCUUGUCUAUGUAGCUCCCUUCUUUACAGACCAUGAAUAAUGCACUGUAAUGUUACAUUCAUGACCUCUGCUGUCAUUGUAAGUACACAAAAUGAUUUGUCAUUGGAUAUUAUUUUCAACUUAACUGUAUUUUCAUUGUUUUUGUGGGUCUAGUGAGGGUCGGCCUGUGUGGAAAGAAAAGCACAAUAAUAAAGAUGUUGUUUGAUAAGUGGCA